UACUGACUCCACCAUUACUCUUAAGGCUCAUUCUUGCGCAGCCAAGGGAUGUUAGAGUGCCUCAUCUAAAGAAUCUUGGACACCAUGUUGCUAGGAACUGGAGAAACUAGAACGUAUGUAAGGCGCCUUUGUAAGUUGGAAUUACACCACAAGUCAAUUCAGAUAAGGGUGGAAGAUUGCCUACUCGAUAGGAAAUUCGCCAUCACCAAAUCAACGCAGAUUUCUGACAAUGGCACUUUUGGUCUCAGAUCUGACCGAAAGUGGACUUCUCUGCGAACAUAAUCAAGCAGAGCAGGUAUGGUUGGAACAGUUCACAGGAGCUUGGAACGUUGAUGUUCUCCCACAAGUUAAACCGGCUCCAGCAGAGUUGUGUUUUCUACUCAGCAGAGAAGAAGAAGAACGUGCCGCCCCUGUGCGUGUUCGGGGACUCGAUGGUGGACAACGGGAACAACGUCUUCCUCCCGAACCCAGAAACCAAGUUCGAUUUUCUGCCUUAUGGGGUGGAUUUUUGCAGAUUGCCCUACAGGGAGAUACACCAAUGGAAUGAAACCAGCAGAUUUCAUGGCGCAGCUGCCUACCUGCCUGCCGCAAGGGACCCUCGGUCCAAGGGGGAGUGCAUCCUCAAUGGCGUGAAUUAUGCCUUCGGUGGUUCCGUGAUCCUCGACUCCGUUCCUGAUAUCGUAAGAGAACACAUCAGACAAGGAAAUGGCUCCAAAAAGUGAUCGAAAAGCGUGCAGCAUAGAUGGAGACGGUGAAUAUAACUUGGCCCCAUGGAGCUAGGACAAGAGUAGGAGCACACUUCCACCCAC